AUGAGCUUUCCAGAAUCAAGUUUGGACACCCAACUCAGGAGCUUUGCCCUGCAGCAGUGGACCUCGGAUCCCUUUGGCUUGUCUCGUAGCAACCGCGGCGGAUGGCACAGUAAGUACUUGCAGGCCCAGGAUGUCGAGAGCCUGCAGAAUCUCUGCGAUCGUGUUCUCAGAGCUACGGAGACUUUUGUGGAGACCGGGACGGCAGUUCGUACAAGGGGUGGCUCCAGAAAGGUGCAUCUUGCAGCGCUUUGGGCCAAUGUCAACAGAGGAGGCGAUGGCAACGUGGCGCACCAACAUGCUGGAGAUGGCACCGGUGGGGAGUCAGUGCCAAAAGUUUCCGGAGUCUACUAUCCAAGCCAGGGCAAGGGAGAUGCCAGUUGCGCUGCUCAGCUGCAGUUUCCCAGCUGCGACCAGGGCUGCGCAAUCGACCCGCAGCCUGGAACGCUGGUUUUGUUUCCCGCGUCGUCGCUGCAUAGUGUGGAGGCAUGCGGGGACCUUGAGCAGCCGGAUGAGGUUGGAUCAGUUCGCGUCUCCUUUGCCUUCAACUUGCUCGUGCGGGAUUUGUCAGAUCUUCAAGCUCAGGCCGCGGCGGGGGACUUGUCCGGCAUAGAGCCGCUUCUGCAGCAAAGGGGCAUCGAUUCGCAGGAUGCGCUCGGCUUCACAGCGUUGCAUCAUGCUGCAGAGAGCGGGCACCUUCCAAUGGUUGAUUUGCUCUUGGCGGAAGGUGCCAGCACCAUGAUCUCGUCAGGAAACGGCUCGCUUCCGCUGCAUCUCGCACUGGCUUCGCAGAAUGUGGCAGUGGCCCACCGACUGCUUGAAGCAGAACCGGCCACGGCUGCUCAGGCAGGUGGGGCCAUGGGCAGCAUGCCGGUCCACAGUGCUGCUGGACAUGGGAACGUGGAUCUUCUUCGCCACCUCCUGCGUCUGCGCGCAGACCUGCACGCGAAGCAGACCGAUGGCAGCACACCCCUCCACUGCGCGGUGCAAAACGGGCACCUGGAGGUGGCCCGUUUCAUCUUGCAAAGGGACGGACCCACACCUCAGAACCCAGUGACGGCCGUGGAUGUGAGGGGACUUCAGCCGGCACAUGAGGCUGCAAGAGGAGGCCUCUUGCCCAUUCUGUCUGAGCUUCUGCUCGCGAGGGCUGAGCCGAACGCCAAAGAUGACGAGGGCCAUUCUCUCCUCUAUUGGGCAGCCUUCGGCGGACAUACGCAUAUCCUAGAAAGGCUGCUUCAAGCCAGAGCCGAGAUUCCAGAAUCGGAAUCACCUCCGGCUGACAGCGGCAAACGAGGGGAGGCUAUGGCCAACUACUUGGCUGCCGCUCUCGUAGGCUCUGGCAACAACCCGCAGCUACAGGUGGACGAGCUGACCUUGAUGCAUGUUGCUGCCACUGCAGGUCAUACGAGUGUCGCCCAGUGGCUGCAAGACCGUGGCAUGUCCCCUGUGACGGUCGCAUCCUCGUCUCGAGUGCAGCCACUCCACUUGGCCGCCAGUGGCGGUCAUGUGACGAUGCUACACUGGUUGCUGCAAGCCCGGGGACAAGUUGACGCCCGUGCGCGGGGUGACCUACGUCCCAUUCACAUGGCAUCCUUGGAUGGGCACCUGCAGGUUUUGAAAGUCCUCCUCUCACUUCGUGCCUCACCAAAUGCUCCAGCGACGGAUGGUAGCUGCCCGUUGCACAUCGCGGCUUCGCGGGGUCAGCGAGAGGCAGUGAGCCUCUUGCUGCAGGCCCGGGCCCUACCGAAAGCCACUGCUCGCAACAAGGAAGCAGCCCUGGACAGGGCGGCCAAGGCCGGCCACGGCUCUGUGGUGACUCUCCUGCGUGAAGCUGGCAUAGACCCGGCGCCUGACGAACUUUGA